GUAGUAGUAGCAGCAGCUCCGCGGUAAGAGCAUACCGUAGCACCUCCCGUUUCGUUGCUUCGCGGCCAUACGGCUGUCGGGUGCACUUUCGUACGCCUCGUCGUCGACGUCCUCUCGUCGCUCAGUCGGCCGGCCGCGACACGACGCUCGAUCAGCUGUUACCCGGUCUCGGCAGAUCGCCGAUGUGCUCCGCUCGGACGCCGCUGCCCCGAGAGUUUCCUCUUUCUCCUCCUCCUCCUCCUCCUCCUCCUCCUUCCUGCUCCUCCUUCUCCUCCUCGCCAUGGUCUUCCCGACCCACGGAAUCGUCCCGCGAUCUCUCUCGAUCUCGCUGCCGGUCGCCGUGAGUAAAGCUGGAAUGAGACGGUGAUGGUCUUAGGAGGACACAUCGUGGAAUAAGUCCACGGAUCACUGCGGUUCCUUCUUCGGUCCAAGUCGCGAUUACUUCGUCUCGUUUCGUCCCGUGGAAAUCACGUGCGAGGGCGCACGUCGGGUUGAUCGGAGGUUGCUUCGGACGUGGAGAUCGGUUUCACACCGGGAGAGUGUCGUCUAGAGAGGUUCGGGGGAAGAGGUCAAUUGAAGAGAGAGAGAGAGAGAGAGAGGGAGUGAGGGAACUCCGUAAAAGACUGUCGCAUGUUUCUACGAGCUCCGGGAGCGGUAGUGAUGGAUGAACAAGUGUCCCACUCGUGUCCGAGAAACAGCACAGACAGCCGAGAUACUUGGGCGCUUCCGCGUGGAAAACCCCUUUCUCAAAGGCUUGACACAGCUCCGCGACUCUAGUUCCCUCUUGAAUUCCCUUCCUCCUUCUGUUAUUCCCGAUUUCUGUUGUCCUCCAUCUGCCUGCCUGCCUGCCUCCCUACCUGCCGAUCACAGCUCUCGCGCAGUGCAACUCGAUGUGUGUUGUCUCGCUUCUCAACGUGCACGUGUGCAGUGUGGUCUCCGCGCGAGCGCAAAGUUCGGACGGGAUUUCGCUCGCGGGUUGUGACAUGUGUGAUUCGUCGAGUGCUUGAAGUGGUGUACAUAAACGAGUGGCGCGAAACUGUUUCGCGCGCGUCUCUUAAUAUUCCCGUAACGGCAAACUGGAGGUCCUAGGCAUGUUUCCGCCGCGUACGGAGGCGCCGACAGCCGACAAGCUGACGCUGUGCUACGCGCCCCACGUCGACAUGACGACGGUCAUCGAGGUCGAGGACCGUCUGACUGGUCAUGGGGGCAUUUCCUCGCUGGGCGGCGGGAACUCGUCGCCCUAUUCCGGUGCCCAUCACCACGGACACCGGGGAAACGGAAACAGCGGCGGCAUGCCCCACCACGGGGGCGCCUCGUUGCCGACUGCCUCCGACUUCCAACCACCUUACUUUCCACCCCCGUUCCCCUCGCACCACCAUGCGCCCGCCAGCCCCCAGCACCCCAGUCUCGGCCAACCGCAACACCUGGAUUACCUCGUCGGCGAUCCCUACACGCAAACGCUCAACACGCUGCACCAGCACCACUACAAUCACCUGAGCGCCGCCGUCACCGCCGGCCAGAGGAGCGGCGAUCUCAGGAGAGACGCCGAAGGCAUCCACGUGACGAACAUGCACGCGUCGUUCCCAUACGACGGCGGACGUAGCAGCGGCGGGGGUGGUGGCGGCGGAGGCGGCGGCGGCGGUGGAGGUGGUGGAGGUGGAAGGGGCGUCGAGUAUGGCGCCGUACGUCGUCCUGACGCCCUCCUACCGCCUCCGGGCCUCGACCAAACCGACCUCGUUCUGCACAGCAGCCUCGUUGACGACCCCCAGGUGAGCGACGAUAACACAAACGUGGACGAUGGAGGGUUCAUGAACGACCUGCCGCUGUUAAAAAAUAUGAAACCAUCGGACAGGAGCGAGAAGGGCAUGUUGUCCGGAAAUGCGCAACCGUCGGACGUGUUCUGUUCGGUCCCGGGACGAUUAUCGUUACUAAGCAGCACCAGCAAGUACAAAGUUACGGUAGCAGAGGUACAAAGACGGCUAUCGCCUCCGGAAUGCUUGAACGCGAGUCUCCUCGGUGGCGUACUACGAAGGGCGAAGUCCAAAAACGGCGGACGUCUGCUUAGGGAAAAGCUGGAAAAAAUCGGCCUAAAUUUGCCAGCCGGUAGAAGGAAGGCGGCCAACGUCACGCUCUUAACAUCCUUAGUGGAAGGAGAAGCCAUUCACCUCGCCCGAGACUUCGGCUACGUGUGCGAGACCGAGUUCCCCGCGAAGCAGGUCGCCGAGUAUCUCAGUCGGCAGCAUUGCGAGCCGCAGGAUUCUUAUAGGAGGAAAGAACUUCUUCAUGCCACCAAACAAAUCACCAAAGAGCUGAUGGACCUUCUGAACCAGGACCGAUCGCCGCUUUGCAAUACGCGACCGCAACACAUCCUCGAUCCAAGUAUACAGAGACAUCUCACUCAUUUCUCGCUCAUAUCACACGGAUUCGGAAGUCCCGCGAUCGUGGCCGCUUUAACGGCUAUACAGAAGUUCCUAAGCGAAUCUUUGAAUCAUCUGGAAAAGAUGUACCCGGGGAACGGUAGCGGCGUGACAAGCAGUCAACAGUCGAAUCUCGACACGAACAAAAGCAAGGACGGCACGUUGAUGAACGACAUGAAGAAGUGACGCCCGGAAGACCCGCCUACCUCGAACGUGGUCACAUCUAUCAGGCAUUCCUGGCCGUACGAAUGAGCCUGGCCGCGCGUCAAGUCCGUCGCGGAAAGCUCUCUCGCAGUGGACCACUGGAAGAACCGCGUACACGUGUCGUAGACGAACGCGCGUCGCAUGUGCGGCAAGGUACUCGCGACACGUCGCACCGCGUGCAACGGCGCCGUACGCCCGAGGUUGGCUGGUCGUGAAGGCUUCUCUGUUAGGCAAUUCGACACGCAGGGUAUGCGUAUGUGCGAUGUAACGUGCAAUCAGGGAUAUUAGUCGGCGGUUAGGGAACGGGACGACGAAAAUUCUCGCUCGUUUACGGAGCCUGUCGGGAACAUAGGGAUGAGGGACUCGACUCUUUUUCGCUGGUCGCCUUUUCCGGUAUAUACGGUUCUUCUGUCUCUUUUUUUUUAUUUCGCAAUCUCUACGCGUUGUAAAUGUUGACGAUUAUCUUUUGCAAGCCCGUCAUCUUAUUUUAUAGUCGUGUAGUUAAUAGUCGCGACUGAAGUAUCGUUAUCUUUUGUACGGGGUGAAAAGUCGUGCUGGUAUACAAGCGCGGCUACAAUAAGUAAAGAAACUAAUAAAUACGCGUGUAUACACACACACACACACAUAUACGAUGAACAGGAAGAGGGGUGGAAAAGACGCUACGAGUAUGUAAAGAAUAUAGCGUGGAACUUCAUCCGAUUCCCUCGUACCGUUGAUCUUCGUUUCUGUCGAAAAUUUCGCGCGCGAAAAGCGCGACUUGUAAAAAGAAGGAGAGGCGAAAGAGUUGUAUGAAGGUAAUUUCGCGAGGAUAAUUACGAUAGAGUCGUCGAACGCAAGGAACUUAGUGCAAUUGUUACUAUUAAUGUUAAUUCGAGCAAUUUCCCUGCAACCGUUCUCGCGAAUCCGAUAGUUUUACGUAUGUCGUAGCGAUUGAUGAGCAGCAAUCUGCGAUACAAGUAAAGCUCAUAGAUUGGUUAAAAGCACGAGCGAGAAAAGGACAUUUGUUCAAUCGACAAGGAGGAAUCACGAAAAGAUAAAAAAAAACUGGUCAAGAAAAGAAUUUAUCAUCCUCCUUUCAAUUUGAUAUUUCGAGUUGUCGAGUUUCUACAGUUUGCUUGUAGUAUUAGAAAUUGUUCCUUUUCUCUCUCUCUUAGAAAACUUACCUGGACCAGCGAUCCUUUUUACGUACAGACGAAACAGCGUCAAAGUGCAACUUACUCCUCGGUAACCGACGUAUCGGUCAUCUCAGCUGGUAUCAAUCACAAUGGAGCGUCGUGCGUGUGAUUGACCGCAAUAGAACGACGUGAAAACCCGAGGAAUGGUCGAGAUCAAAGUCCCUUCGACAACAUUCCAAACGCGUCCGCAGGGAAAACUAACGAUUUCGUUGUGCAAUGCGUGUUUUUCUUGAUUUCACGAUCUUUAUGACUACCAUUUUCUCGAUUCAGAAGCAAUCGCGAUUAAGAUUGAACUGUGUUCGCUCGUUAUUCAACAUUAUCGACUUAUUGUCAGCGAUUUAGACUCUCUUUCGAGGGACCGUGUACGAGACCAUUCCUGAGGUCAUUAAAAUGCGUGCCAAUGCGAAACUUGCCAUUAAAAAGAUGUGCCAAUAUCGAUAUCGAGCUACUAACGUAAGCGACAAGCGGCCGAGAUAGAGCGUGAAAGAACGAAGUAUUCAUUUCGUCGAACACGCACGUGACGCGCGCGACACGUUUCGUUUCUCGAGUGCGACGCACACACGUGUGCUCGUCAGCUGCGUGUAUCUCGGACUGACUCGCCAGUCACGAGAAAUUGUAUGAAGUACAAUACCAGGUGAACCUGAGACAUAUCUAACUUUGUAAUUAAAUCUUAGGCGUAUGUAAAUGUAAGAUUUAAAAAGAACAGAGCACAGAACGGAGGAAGAAAAGAGGGAGAUAGCAAGAGAAAGGAUAAAAUGGGACAGCCAGAGAGAAACAGAGAGAGAAGAAGAAGAUGAAGAGAAAGAAAGAAAGAAAGAAAGAAAGAAAGAAAGAAGGGGCAACCUGACCCGGGCGCCUCGAGUCGUCGCGGAUUAUGUACAGAAUAUUUGAAUCUUUCUUGUGAUAUAAUCGUACAUUAUUAAGAUGUAAACCGAUAAAAGGUACUAUACAUUCCAUGUUUUUUCAUAGAGGCGGAGUAUUAGAGAUGGUGGUCGUGGAGAGAGUGCGAGAGAAACCGGUUCGUCGUCGUGUGGUAUCCAACGAUCGAUGUCGCAGUCACGAACAUUCACGUCUUAUGGUGUUACCGCGGACAGAGGUGACUCUUCAGGAAGGAUUCAGCGUGAGCCUUAAAGCCGAGAGUCUCGUAACCCAUCUACGAGUCUAACCGUAUAUCUGUACGCAUGCGAGCCCGCCCGCCACCCUUUCUCUCCUCGCGAGGAUCUUACAUUCACAUUCUCACGUGUUGUGCGUAGCACUCUUUCUCUUUAUCUUUUACUUUCCCCUUUCUCUCUCUCUUUCUCUCUCGGCGAUACGGCAACGGAUCCUCGCGAGUACGAGGAGGAACCUCUCGUGCACGCGAGGCUUCUAUGAGCGCGCGUCUUUGAGCACCGAGGCGAUCGAGGCGUCGUUGCCUCGCCACGCGGUGAUGGAGUCACCUCUGCGUCCACGGCUGUACGCGAAAACGAUUUUGUAAAUGUUAAAACGCAUCCACCCACGCGAAAUCCUCAUCCCCUGCCUCCGCCCCUUCCCGAGAAUCUGGCGUCUCUGAUACUGCAUUUGCAUCUGUAUCGCGUAUAAUUUUAUGUUCGUACGCCACACUUCGCGCCACAGUAACACGCAAGUAACUUCGUUAAUAAUAUAGUACAUAAAUCUAGGAGACGUAUGUACGAGAGAGGAUCGGUAACGUGAUCUUUAUUAUGCGUGCGGCUUUACGCUUUCGUAACAGCUUCGCGUCGCGCGACAGGAACUGCGUCAGAAUAUCGCGGAGGCAAUACCGGGAGGUAAUGACUCGUGAAUGAAUGUGAAUAAAGAUCGCUCUGCUAACGAUCGCAGCCGUACCGAAACGCAUUCUCAACGCACGUUACAGGAAACGUCACUAAUUUGAUAUUGUGAAAUCGUUGAUGAAUAAAACGACGCAUACACGAGAGAAGAAUAUGCAAAAGACAGGACGCGAUGAUUAUUUAAUUAAUUAUUACGAAUGAAGAAAGUAUGACCGAAAUUUUUUAGCAUGCGUUUCAACAGAUACAAGAUAUAUUGUGUGGACAUUCCGUAACGCGGUGCUUCGACCGCGCUCUAAAGUAAACGAAAAUAGUGAAACGAAGCAACUUCCGGCUCCCAGGUCAUAUACGCAGAGGGAUUAGUUAGGGAAAAAUUAGGAAAAAGAAGAAAAAAAAUGGGAAAGCUCGACAUCUUAUUUUCACUCACGACUACUUAGGCGAUUUGUUAGAAGCUAAGGACUCCCGUAAAUUAAUACUUAUUUAUAAUCCUUAGGACGGCCGUAGAAAUACGUUUUUCUACCAGAAUUUCUGUGCCAACUGCAAAGAAUGUUGUAGAUGAUUUUUGUUUCAAGUUGAAGCAUCAUUCUAAUCUUGUAAGAUACUCACAGAUAUACCUUUAUUAAAUAUAUUUGAAUUUUUCGUAGUAUAUUAUAUUCUGAUAUUGAUUAUACAGUUCAUUUUUGUAUAUUGGUGUGUGAUAAAUAAAUAAGAAUAUUGUUUCUAAGCAAUUCCUCGUGAUGAAAAGUAACUACACCUGUCGUAUACGAAAGCACAUGCGAACGUAAAAAUUCAAGCGUGUGAGGAAUAAUGAUUUUCAGAAAGAGGACCGGGAUUUUCACACCAACGGAUUCGCGAAUUUGCUUGGAAGAGAUUAAACGAAGAAGCGAAAGAAAGAUAUGUCUCAGACGUCACUCACGGACACGCGCGCGGUGUUCCGUAAAUCGACGUGGUCAACGAUAAAUUUUUGUCUGCCACUGAUAAAUUUUGAGAGCUCGCUUAAGGCUCUUGGCCCCUCACAUUGUCUAUCUUUUUUUAAUGGCGUCAGAAGCGAGAGGCCAGGAGCCUUAAACAGUAUUUAAGGAGACGAAUGUUCUCCUUAUAUAUAAUCCGUAAAUCUGUCCUUAUAUGGCUAUAGUUAUGCAAGAAUGAUCUAAUCAAAACAAAAUAAUGAUUUUUUACUUUUGUCUUUACUUUUUUUACCAAUGGAUAGUCCAUGCAUGUCUUUCUAUAUAAAAUAAAAAAAGAUCCAAGUCCGAUAAGCAUUUGAAAUGAAUUAAAAAUAGU